AUGGCUCGUAGAUAUGAUGCUAGAACUACCAUUUUCUCCCCUGAAGGUAGACUUUACCAGGUUGAGUAUGCUAUGGAAGCUAUAUCUCAUGCCGGUACGGCUUUAGGCAUUCUCGCGUCUGAUGGUAUUGUUAUUGCUGCUGAGAAAAAAGUAACAUCAAAAUUGUUGGAACAAACAACGACAAGCGAGAAAAUUUACCUUUUGAACGAUAAUGUCAUUGGUGGUGUAGCAGGGAUUACUGCUGAUGCCAAUAUUUUAAUAUAUUAUGCUCGUCAAGUUGCUCAACAAUAUCUUUAUACUUAUGAUGAAGACAUUCCUGUUGAACAACUAGUACAAAAGUUAUGUGAUUUAAAACAGGGAUAUACACAAUACGGAGGAUUGCGUCCUUUUGGUGUAUCAUUUAUUUAUGCCGGCUAUGAUAGUCAUCAUGGUUUUCAACUUUAUCGUUCUGAUCCAUCUGGUAAUUACGGCGGAUGGAAAGCAACAUGUAUUGGAGCAAAUAACGCAUCUGCACAAUCUUUAUUAAAACAAGAUUAUAAAGAUGAUAUUACGCUCAAGGAGGCCAAAGAAUUAGCUGUUAAAGUUUUAAGUAAAACAAUGGAUUCUACUACUUUAAGUAGUGAAAAAUUGGAAUUCGCCACCGUUAGUCGUAAUGAUGAAAACAAAAUUGCAUAUCAUCUUUAUAAACCUAGUGAAAUUGAUGCCUUAUUGAAGGAACAUAAUUUAGGAGGUCAAGAAACUGAACAAUGA